AUGCGUGCAUCCCCGCACAUAUAUAUUCCCGACAAUCUCACUCAGUAUGUGUUUGGGAUCGGCGAGGCUGAUGGCGGCGGAAGAAACCCUAGGAGCGAGGCGACGGGGAAUAUCGGUUCUGCCGGCUACAAGUCGGACUACCCGACUGCCUUCUCUCAGUUAACAGGAAGGGGCAGCGCUAUGGGUAACUCUAUCGCAGCUAGUUCAGCUCCUGCACUGCUGGGAGAUGCUCACAAUCCAUGCUUCAAAUGGAAGGUUCAUAACUUCUCAAACUUACUCCAGAGGGGAGAUGUCUCAGUCAAUUCAGCUCCCUUUUUCUGCUCUGGGUACAAAUGGUUCCUUCAGUUGACUCCGCUUACCAAGCCAUAUUCUGGAAAACCAUGUGUUGCUCUUUCUCUAGGAAUUACUCGAGGAAGUCUGGGCUUGGAGCCAGGUUCCGUGAUGGCUGUGGUGUUUGAGUUGUCAAUAUACAAUCAUUCAGAUCAUGUGCAUUGGGGAUCCAAAGCUACCUUCAACUUUGAUGAUGAGCAUAUAAACUCGAAGAAGGAAUGCUUGAUUCCACUUAAAGAACUACUGGCUUCAACUGAUUUUUUGGCUGAUGACUGCUGUGUCUUUGGUGUGGAUAUAUUGAAAAUUGAUGCCCUUUUUCCUGAAAAGGAGGAAAUUGCGAUCCAGAAGGCUGCAAAAAUUCAGAGCCUCUUCAUCCAGAAAGAUAAUUUCAUCAAAUUGACCUGCAGCGUGACGAUAAAUAACUUUCUUGAAAUGAGCAUGGUGAAAUUCGUUUGUUCAAGAUUUGAACUUGAUGGACAAAACUGGUACCCAUCUGAUUCAGUUAUUUUAAGAACUCUUUGUAUAAAUCUUAUGCAUGAAUCAUUAGACAAUUUAGUGUAUUUGACUUCCUGGAUCAUAUAA